AUGGGCUUCCUUGACUGGAACGACGGCGCCUCAGUCCUCUCAGGACGAACCUCAUCUCGUCGCCACAAAUCUUCCCGCUCCCACAAGAAGCAGCGCUCAAGAUCCCGCUCUAGCUCCCGCGACCGCGGCGGCCGUGGCUUUGCAGAGUCCAUCUUUGGAGGCGACCGCUAUGGCAAGAACAAUUCCUCUCGCGCUUCAUUCUUUGGCCUAGGCGGCGGCAACAACAGCCGCUCCAGCUUCUUUGGAAACAGUCGAUCCUCUUACUACAAACGCUCCCCUCGCCAGGGCUUCGUCCAAAAGACAUACAAACAGCUCAAGCGCCUCCUCCGCGACCUCGUCCAUUGGGCUAAGCGCCACCCCUGGAAGGUCUUCUUCGUCGUCAUCAUGCCCCUCAUCACCGGCGGCGCCCUGACGGCUCUCCUCGCCCGCUUCGGCCUGCGCAUCCCGCCUACCAUUGAGCGCAUGCUCGGCGUCGCCUCAAAGGCUGCCACCGGCAAUACCUCCGGCCUCGUUGGCGAAGCUGUCCGCAUGGCCGGCGGCUUCGGCGGCAACACCUCUGUUCGCAUGGAGCGCGACACCCAUACCUUCAGCGGCGGGGGUGGCGGCGGCGAUACCUGGGGUGGUCUCGCUAGCAUGGCCAAGAAGUGGAUGUGA